AUGGCCGAGGAAGGAUCCGGGCUGGACGUGUCGGCGCGCGACCUGCGCUUGGAGCAGGCCUUUUACGGGCCCAUCAUCCACUCCACCACGGCCACCGAGGUGCAGAUAUGCCCCAAGGGCCUGCUGCUGGUUGGCCCCGACGGCAAGAUCGCACUGUUCCGCGAGCACGUCGAGAAGGCCCAGGUUGCAGCGCUCAUCGCCGAGUACGGCACGGGCGCCGGCUCGCUGCGCAUCCGCUACCUGGAGCGCGGUGUCUUCCUGAUCCCCGGCUUCGUCGACACCCACAACCACGCCCCCCAGUGGGCGCAACGUGGCACGGGCCGCGGCCUGCAGCUCCUCGACUGGCUCGAGAAGAUCACCUUUCCGCAUGAGGCCAGGUUCGCCGACCCGGCCUAUGCGCGCAAGACCUACUCGGCCUGCGUCGACGGCUUCCUGCGCCAGGGCAUCACGACAGCCUCGUACUACGGCAGCCUGCACGCCGACGCGACCAAGAUCCUGGCCGACGUGUGCCUGGAGAAGGGCCAGCGCGCCCUGGUCGGCAAAUGCGACAUGAACCAGAACGCCCCCGACUACUGCCGCGCCCAAUCCGCCGCCGAGGCGCUGCAGGCCACCAAGGACUUCAUCGCCCACGUCCGCGAGAUCGACCCGGCACACAACAUUGUCACACCCACCCUGACGCCGCGCUUCGCCAUCUCCUGCGACAGAGAGCUCCUGACCGGCCUCGGCGAUCUUGCCGAGGCCAACCCCGAUCUGCCCAUCCAGACGCACUUCAACGAGGCCGAGGAUGAAAUCGCUCUCACCAAGACCCUGUAUCACGAAUUCAGCAACGAGGCCGACUUGUAUGCCAACUUCGGCUUGCUCAACGCUCGCUCCAUUCUGGCCCACUGCAUCUAUCUCGAAGACUACGAGGUCGAGAAGAUCAAGGAACUGGGAUGCGGCGUGGCCCACUGUCCCAUCUCCAACACGACCAUCGGCGGCUUCAUGGCGGCCCCGAUCCGCCACUAUCUGCGCCACGGCAUCAAGGUUGGCUUGGGCACUGACAGCGGCGGUGGUUUCUCGUCGUCGAUCCUCGAUGCAAUGCGCCAGGCAUUCAUCGUGUCAAAAGCCCGAGAGGUCAGUACGGACGGCGAAGAUCCGGCACUCACCCUCAACGAGACCUUCUUCAUGGCGACGCUGGGCGGCGCCCAGGUCUGCGGCCUCGGGGACAAGGUUGGAAAUUUCGCAGAGGGAAAGGAGUUCGACGCGUUGGAAAUCCACACUGCGGGUGCGGGUGCAGGCAUCAUCGCGCCGGUCGAGGAUGACGACGACCUGCCGACCGUGUUUGAGAAGUUCCUCAUGACAGGAGACGACCGGAACAUCGCCAAGGUCUAUGUUAGGGGAAGGUCCGUCAAGGCAUGA